GAGAGAGAGAGAGAGAGAGAGAGAGAGAGAGAGAGAGAGAGAGAGAGAGAGAGAGAGAGAGAGAGGAGGGAGAGAGAGAGAGAGAGAGAGAUGACCCAAAACAAGACUUGCUGCUUACCUCUUGGCUCUUUGAGCCGUCUGACUGGAAACUGGGAGUUCCUAAUCUGAUUCCCUAACGGACACUGGAGGAGCAACUCUCAAGUUAUUUCUUCUCCACUUUUUUGUUGAGUUCCAUCUUUUUGACCUGGAUACCUGUCUGCCUCCUCCCUCUCCUCUGCCUGUGUGCUCCCCCCCUCUGGGACCAUGAGGAGGGACCGUCUCCUCCUGGCCACCACCCUGACGCUGGUCUUCACCGCAGACCUCUACUUCGUGCUGCUGCCCAAGCUCCAGGACUUCCGGCAGGCCGGGGGCCCCGGCUGCGUCUGCGCCCGGGGGAACGACUCCCUGCCCAGGCAGGGCGGUCUCGUCAGCCCCCGGCUCUCCAACAGCACCGACAGCCUCCAGGACAGCGCUGAGAGCGAGCUCGAUGACGGGGGCUCCAAGCUGGACAGGCUGUUUGACCAUCCCUUGUACAACAUCCAGACCCCGGUGCUGGGGCCGGAGGAGAGGCUGCUGCAGGCGGAGCAGCUCGUCGCCUACUACCAGAAGAAAGUGUCACGCUGGGAGAGACACAUGGAGAUGUACAACGAGGCGGCGGCAGCCUCAAAUAUCACUGUGCCCAAGCACAAGGUGACCUUUGACCCGGAGGUCAGCUGGCUGAAGUUCCACCUGGGGAUCAACCGCUACAGCCUGUACUCCCGCCAGGAUCCGGCCGUCGGCCAGCUCCUCCGGGACAUGCACGACCUCACCAUCAUCAGUGCAGAUUACACUCAGGACGAGAAGGCCCUGAAAGGAGCAUGUGACUGUGAGCAAGUGGUGAAACCCAGUGGACACCAUCUGAAGUUGGCUUUGAAGAUGAAUGACUUUGGCAAAGCCAUGUUUAAACCCAUGAGGCAGCAGAGGGAUGAGGUCACCUCUGAGGACGUUUUCUACUUUGUGGAUUUCCAGAGGCACAACGCAGAGAUCGCUGCCUUCCAUUUAGACAGGAUCCUGGACUUCCGGAGAGUUCCGCCAGUGGUGGGUCGCCUGGUGAACAUCACGGGGGAGGUGCUCCUCGCCACCCACAACCAGGACCUGAGGAACGUCUUCUUCACCUCCCCCGCGAAAAACACGUGCUUCUUCGCCAAGUGUCUGUACGUGUGCAAGACGGAGUACGCGGUGUGCGGGAAGCCCGACACCCUGGAGGGCUCUCUGUCCACCUACCUGCCCGGGCUCAGCCAGGCCCCCCGGGUCUCCAUCGCCAGCCCCUGGAUACGCUCCUACACCUUCGAGGGGCGCAAGGACUGGGAGGUCAAUCCGUUCUUCUGCGACACCAUAAAGCAGAUGUACCCCUACAACUCCGGCAACCGACUCCUGAAUAUCAUCGACAUGUCUAUCUUUGACUUCCUCAUGGGUAACAUGGACAGGCAUCACUAUGAACUCUUCACCAAAUUCGGUGACGAGGGUUUCCUUCUGCACUUUGACAACGCCAGAGGGUUCGGACGGCCCUCUGAAGACGUGAUGUCCAUUCUGGCCCCGUUAUCUCAGUGCUGCAUGAUCAAGCGCUCGACGCUGAUGAGGCUGCGGCUGCUCUCGCGGGAGCGCUACCGCCUCAGCGACGUGAUGCGGGAGUCCCUGUGGGGAGACCCCCUGCGGCCCGUCCUGACCGAGCCCCACCUGCUGGCCCUGGACCGCCGGCUCAAGAGGGUCCUGGAGGUGGUGAGGGGCUGCGUGCGGGAGCUGGGCGAGGAGCAGGUGGUCACCACAGACUACGCCCGGUCCACCGACCCGCCCUGGACCAGCACCGUGGCGGGGGAGGGGGCGCAGAGGUAGCAGAGGAGGAGGAGGAGGAGGAGGAGGAGGAAGGGAGGGACGUGGUCUCGUUUCCAAAGAGGCCCAUGGACUGCAUGUUUGAUCGAAGAACUUGGAGGGACAUUGCAUUGUGUGCGUGUGCGUGCUGACAGACUGUGGACAGGGAAUGAUGCGUAAUGACAACCUUCAGGAUUUUGAUGAGCAAAGUGGGAGUAACCCCCCAGUAACCCCCCCUCCCUCCUCCGACACCCAACAGUGUUAUCAGAAUUAUUUGUGAUGUGAAAUGUGAUGAACAGCCCAGGUGGCUGGUGAUGGAUGUCCCAAUCACAAAAACAAGCUCAACACCUUUUCCAUUUCAUGGGGUUUUCAAGCUACCUUGUUCUGGGAGGGGCUGAUUCAGGACUCCAGAGACUGGCUUCUGCUUGGGAUUCAGACAAGCCUUUUAGAGAAGGAGAAGCCAAUAUGCAGUUAGACGACCUCUCACGCAACAAGUGGCACUAAGCUCCCAUGACUACUCGCCUCAGCCAUGAACAAACCACUGAGCAUCCAUCCCCUGCUCUGCUUUUCGUUCUCUCAUUUGACACACCCAAGCCAGCACCAGGAAUAAUAUUGGUAUCAUUAAAGUUUAUUGGUUUACUAAUCAAAUCUAUUUGUAGAGUAAAAUAGGUUAUAUCUUGCCAGUACCAGGAGAUGUAGAAGUAGAGGUUGUAGCUUUUUUGCUUUCUAACUUACUAAAAAAGCAGCUUUAUACAUAAUUUAUUUCAUUACAUCAAUUAUUAAUAUAAAUUAUUACAGAAAAAUACCAAAAAGUCAAAACAAAAGAUACAACUUCAGCCUGUGUCAUCAGCUCCCAGCGUCGAUGGACUUGUGUGUAAAUAACAAUAAAGAUCUUAAUUUACAAUAUGA